UGAAGAGGACAACGGGAAUUCUAUGGAGCCAGUCAUUCUUUCAUUGAAAACAAAACCCAAGUGUGGAGCACCAAAAAAAUCCUACACACUUAAAAGGAGGAAAAGGGGAGAAUGGGAGCCAGGAAAAAAAGAGAUAAAGAAAACUCCAGCUUCUCCUGCUAUGGAAUUUGAUACACUUCUGAUCAACUGAAAAAAUCAAAAUAAAGGACAAAGGUUUCCCUGGGCAGAUAAACAUUCAAGGGUGCCUCAGAUAUCAAAAGACUUGACACAGUCCACCUAGAGAAGAAACGAAGUCCAUGCAUAGAAAAAGGCAAGAGCAUCACGAUGCACAGUGAUUGUACUUCAUGUGACAAACCCCUGAGAGGCGAGAAAUGCCUACAGUGUGGGAAAAGCUUCAGUAAGAGCAGUAACCUCAGAUCCCAUCAAAGACUGCACACAGGGGAGAAACCAUACAAAUGCAUGGAAUGUGGGAAGUGCUUCAGUGGUGUCAGUUACCUGAAUUCCCAUCAAAGAACGCACACAGGGGAGAAACCAUAUGAAUGCAUGGAAUGUGGAAAGUGCUUCAGUCACAGCUUUAACCUUAGUUCACAUCUAAGAAUUCACACAGGGGAGAAACCAUAUAAAUGCAUAGAAUGUGGAAAGAGCUUCAGUCACAGCAGUGUCCUCAGUAUCCAUCAAAGAACUCACACUGGGGUGAAACCAUAUAAAUGCAUGGAAUGUGGAAAGAGCUUCACUCAGAGAAUUCACCUGAAUUCCCAUCAAAGAACGCACACAGGGGAGAAACCAUAUGAAUGCAUGGAAUGUGGAAAGAGCUUUAGUCAGAGAGUUCAACUGAGUUCACAUCAAAGAACUCACAGUGGGGAGAAACCAUAUAGAUGCAUGGAAUGUGGAAAGAGCUUCAGGCGCACCAGUCACCUAAGUUCACAUCUACAAAUUCACACAGGGGAGAAACCAUAUACAUGCAUGGAAUGUGGAAAGAGCUUCAGUCACAGCUUUAACCUUAGUUCACAUCAAAAAACUCACAGUGGGGAGAAACCAUAUAAAUGUAUAGAAUGUGGAAAGAGUUUCAGGCGCAGCUGUCACCUUAGUUUACAUCUAAGAAUUCACACAGGGGAGAAACCAUAUACAUGCAUGGAAUGUGGAAAGAGCUUCAGUCAGAAAGUUAACCUGAGUUCACAUCAAAGAACUCACACUGGGGAAAAAUCAUAUAAAUGCAUGGAUCGUGGGAAGAGCUUCAGUCACAGCAGUAACCUUAGUUCCCAUCAAAGUAUUCACACUGGGGAGAAACCAUAUAAAUGCAUGAAAUGUGGAAUGAGCUUUGCUAAUAGCAGUAGCCUUUGUACCCAUCAAAGAAUGCACACAGGGGAGAAACCAUAUAAAUGCAUGGAAUGUGGGAAGAGCUUCAGUCAGAGCAGUCAACUUAGUUCACAUCUAAGAAUUCACACAGGGGAGAAACCAUAUACAUGCAUGGAAUGUGGAAAGAGCUUCAGUGAUAGCAGUAGCCUUUGUAAACAUGAAAGAACUCACACUGGGGAGAAACCAUAUAAAUGCAUGAAAUGUGGAACGAGCUUCAGUUCCCAGUAUCACCUGAGUUCUCAUCAAAGAAUUCACACUGGGGAGAAUCCAUAUAAAUGCAUGGAAUGUGGAAUGAGCUUUGCUGAUAGCAAUAGCCUUCGUACCCAUCAAAGAACGCACACAGGGGAGAAACCAUAUAAAUGCAUGGAAUGUGGAAAGUGCUUCAGUCAGAGCAGUACCCUGAGUUCCCAUCAAAGAACUCAUACUGGGGAGAAACCAUAUAAAUGCAUAGAAUGUGGAAAGAACUUCAGGUGCAGCAGUCACCUUAGUUCACAUCUAAGAAUUCACACAGGGGAGAAACCAUAUACAUGCAUGGAAUGUGGAAAGAGCUUUAGUCAGAGAGUUCACCUGAGUUCACAUCAAAGAACUCACAUUGGGGAGAAACCAGUUUACAUCAAAGCACUCACACUGUGAUUCUGGAUUGACUCUGUCUGCAAGCACCUGGAGUCUCUUCAGCACAACAUGGGCAAGCUGCUGCUGUACAAUCAUGAGAAGAGAGAUACCAUGUUAAAGGUUUGGACUAAACCUGAUGGAAUUGUUAAAUGCAGUUUUGCACCAAGAAAUAAGUAUUUGUAAGGAUCAGUGAUGUAAAGAGAAGCAAGACAAGAGUUUAUACAUCUGAGGUGAUUGUAAGCAGCUGUGAGAGCAAUCCCAGUAUUGGCUAUCCCUGGGAUAAAGCUAGCAGACCAAGCACACACACUCUGUGGGUUGUUGCUGUGGUUGUGGAGUGCUGUUGUUAUCUUGCUGUGCUGGAGAAUCCUGGAGGAAGCCAUGUCUUUGUGCUGGAUAUUGAAGAGGAACUCUGGCUAACUGGACGGACGUAUGGUAUAUGAUUCCUGAACUAAUUUACUGGACUUUGGCUCUGAUUUGCGCAUUGAACACUGUGGAAACUGCUAUGCAUGACUUUGUGACUGGAAAACAAGGACUAAGCUUUAUAUGUGUGUAUAUAUCCUGUAAAUAAUACAACUUUUUUGCUAUCAACACUGAUUUGGUGCUUGGCGUCUUCAUCAUGGUGGGACAUCGUUGAGAAUCCAUCAGCUGUGCUGAAUGAAAGAAAAAAGAAACAGAAUUCUAAAGCACUUGCAAUAAUUGGGUUGACUCUAGAAGACCAUCUCCAUCUUAGAGGCCAAACUUCUGCAAAGCAGGCAUGGGAGGAUCUAAGGGGACUCUUUGUAAGAGUCAGCAUUGGAAGCCAAAUCCAAAUUGCAAGAAGGCUAUUUUGUACCAGAUUAAACUGGUGGGAGUAUGUUACAACAUUUAGAGCUAAUGAAAACAAUGAUAAUGGACUUAAGAGAGAACAAUAUAACCUUUACAAAGCUACAGGAAGCUUUCAUAAUUCUCUCUUCACUAGACAAAACAUAUGACCAAUUUGUAUCAAAUAUAGGGGUUCUUCCACAAGCUGACCUGACAGUAUUGGGUAUAACCGGUAGGCUUUUGGAGGAGGAGCAGAAGAGAAAAGAUAACUUGCAACUACCUGACUCCAAACCCUCUAAUCUAAGAAACAAGCCAAGUGAAAUAGGGAAGGAGGAGGUCACAGCUGCAAAUAUUCAACCUGGGAGGUGAUGUUUUGCCUGUUGUUCCAGAUGACAUCUGAUUAAAAUUGUAAAUUUAAGAAGAGAAAGAAAACAACCACGACUUGAUAAAAAUGCAUCUAACCUGACAGAGAAAAAUCCGCUUGAGUGUGUGUGAAUUUCCAGCUCCCACAAGCAUGGGGGAUAACUCUGCACAUGUUUCUGGCUCCUGGACCUGGAAACACACUCUGCACAUGCCCCAGAGUCAGAGGUGUGUGGCGUCAGGGCAGAAGGGGGGGAUAAAAGUGCCUCCUUUAUCCUGGCAACCGCUGCCCCCCCAGAACUCCAGACCGGCCUUCCCUCCUGCUUGCAUCAAUUCCUAUUUUCAUCAUUUUGAUUCAGUCUUUCUCAUACACACACCCUUCCUCCCUCAAUUUUCUACAUAUAUUUAAACAAGCUUCAGGAGCCCACCUGGUUCCUCUCUUGCACCUUACUUCCCACCUUAAUUGGAGCCUUCUCUCCCUUGCAGUCACAUCCUUUUUUCAUGGUUUUAUUAAAGU